AGUGCCAUGAGUGAAGAUGGUGGUUGUUUGGGUUUAGUAUGAACAACUGCAAAAUAAAAUAAAACAAAAGUAUCUGUUUGAGCCCUUCAGUUUAAUUUUGGUUUUUCUAGUUCCAAGCUAAAGCAUCUUGUCCACCCAAAGAAAAACAAAGGGAGCAUUUCUCAGUAAGCAGAAGAUUUAGCUGUAGUUUGUUUGAAAUACUGUUAAUGAGAAAUGGGUGCACAUAUAACAGAUGGUGAUUGAUAGGAGUUGCUGUGGAAAAUUUCAAAAACACAUUACUCACAGGAAGUGGUUAAAAGUCAGAUGUUAGUUGGUACAAACUGCUUAAAAGGACUGACCCGUCGGUCUCAACAUAACAGAUCGAGCAUUUCACCACCGAGAUGUUUGCUCUGCAACAAUCUGCGGUCAUUUAUGCGCUGACAUUCCUCGGGCAAAAUGUCCUCGGAAGUGAAAUUAUCGAUGGCACAAUAGUCCCCGACAACGAAAUGCUGUAUAUGGCAUCAGUGCAGGAUUACAGAGGCAAGCAUAUUUGUGGAGGAUUUCUUGUGUCUGAGAACUUUGUAAUGACUGCUGCACACUGUGACGACCACCCCAUCGUGUAUCCUACACACGUAGUUCUUGGUAACCACCAUCUGAGGAGUGCUGAUAAGCUCGUGAUACAGAUUGCCGAGAAAUACAAACACUCAAAUUAUCAGGAUGUUGACCAUGGAUACGACAUCAUGCUUUUAAAACUGUCUAGACCUGUCCAACCAAACAAAACAAUUCAAUUCAUUCAACUUCCCUCCCAUGAAAUGACAUUAAAUGAAAAUGAGAAGUGCCAAGUGGCUGGAUGGGGUAAGAUAACCACUCGCGGUAAUGUUGUUGACGACCUGAGAGUGGUGGGUGUGUCGGUCAUCAGCCCACAAAACUGCCAGAAUGCUUGGACUCAACGUAUUCCUGGAUACAUUCUUCCGACCAGUGUUAUCUGUGCAGGUGGAUACAAGACAACAAAAGGAUUCUGUCAGGGUGAUUCUGGUGGCCCUCUGGUCUGGAAGGGAAUGGCUGUCGGUAUUGUUUCUUACAACAGAGCGAUUCCUGAAACCAAGCUGGGAAACUGUAACUAUCCGGAUGUCCCCAAUGGCUAUACGGAUAUCUCAAAAUACCUUAACUGGAUCAGGAAGAUUCUCCAGGGGAAAAAAAGUUAAAUCUUACUCAAAGUUUUGCUUCAGCACACUGUAAGUGUGGAAGCUGUGCCUCUGUCAGCGUUUGCUCUCAAUGCAGAAUAAAGAAAAUGUUUCAAA